AUGUCUGUUGAUGUUGAUUUCUUGCCGCAUUUACUUAUGAAAGAUAGUGUAUUAACAACACAAUAUGAUAGAAGAAAUAGUUGGGCUACAUCAAUAUCUUCAUCGUCUUCAUCAUCAGCAAACGCAACAUCGUGGUUAGAAAGAAAACUAUUUAGUCAUUUCAAACGUUUCUUCCGACGAAAAUCAUUAUCGUUAACAUCCAAUUCAUCUUUAUCAAGUCGUAGACCAUCGUCGACAACAACCGAUGAUAUUAUAUCAUUACCAGUUGAUGAGCAACCACACGAGGAAGAAGAAGAAGAAGAAGAAGACGAAGACGAAGAACAAAAAGAAGAAAAAGAAAAGCCCAUUAUUAUUAAUAAUGAAAUUCUUCCAGUACGUUCUCCUCCUACAACACCUGUUUUGAAGCCGAUCGAUCUACUCUAUGACUAUGAUCGUCUUCUUGCACGUUGCAGUGAACAACGUGAACGUGACCAAACCGAAAUGCUGCUACGUUGUCGUAUUCCAAUAUCGAUUCCGCAUGCAGACUUAGUUGCUGGUCAAUCACGUACAAUAGUUGUCAAUUGGAAGUCUUAUAUACGUUUAUUUAAUGGAUUAAAGCGUGAUGCACAUCUAUUUCAAGAAUAUAUUAACCAACAUUAUUCAUGUCAAUCAUUUAUUAAUUCACGUGAACAGUUAACAUUGAACAUUCGAACAACAAAAACAACAUUUGAUAAUGUUCUUAGAAAAUUUCUUGACGAAUAUGUUACAUGUUUAAUUUGUCAAACAGCACAAACGCAUCUGAUUAAAUCCGAUGGUAUAUGGAGAAUUGAAUGUCAAUUAUGUGGUACUCAAAGAAUCGUGAAGCGACUCAGAUGGAAACAUCAGCAUCAUCAUCAUCAAUAUCAAUAA